GAUUUCAAAUUCGACCUCUAUCUGACAUUUAAAAAAUUUUUUUUGCAAAUUUAAAAAACGGAUAAUAUUCUUCCACUAUGGCAUUAAACAAAUUAUCAAUUGAUAAAGUAGAUAUCAAGGGAAAGCGAAUUUUCAUGAGAGUUGAUUUCAAUGUUCCUUUGAAGGAUGGUGUUAUAACUAAUAAUCAAAGAAUUGUUGCUGCGUUAGAUACUAUCAAAUAUGCUCUAGAUAAUGAAGCGAAAAGUGUUGUUCUUGGCUCUCAUUUGGGAAGGCCUGACGGUUCAGCAAUUCCCAAGUACUCCCUGCAACCGGUUGCUGACGAAUUGAAGAAAUUACUCAACAAAGAUGUUAUUUUUUUGAAAGACUGCGUCGGUCCAGAAGUUGAGAGUGCAUGUGCCAAUCCUGUUGCCGGUUCAGUAAUACUUCUAGAGAAUCUUCGUUAUCAUGUCGAAGAAGAAGGAAAGGGCGUUGAUUCGGCUGGUAAGAAAAUCAAAGCCGAUCCUGCCAAAGUGAAGGCUUUCAGGGAAAGUUUGAGAAAAUUGGGUGACAUCUAUGUGAAUGAUGCUUUUGGCACUGCCCAUCGUGCUCAUUCUUCAAUGAUGGGGGAAGGAUAUGAGCAAAGAUGUGCUGGUUUCUUGUUGAAGAAAGAAUUAACUUAUUUCGCAAAAGCUUUAACAAAUCCUGAAAGACCAUUCCUUGCUAUACUUGGUGGAGCUAAAGUUGCUGAUAAAAUUCAGUUGAUUGAGAAUUUGUUGGAUAAAGUGAACGAGAUGAUUAUCGGAGGUGGUAUGGCAUAUACAUUCCUCAAAGUUACAGAGAAUAUGAAAAUCGGCAAUUCUCUGUUCGACGAAGAGGGCGCCAAGAUCGUGCCUAACCUGAUGGCCAAGGCCAAGAAGAACAACGUGCAGAUCCAUCUACCGGUCGAUUUCAUAACUGCCGACAAGUUCGACGAGAAGGCGCAGGUGGGCGAGGCGGAUGGCAAGUGCGGCAUCCCCGACGGUUGGAUGGGCUUGGACGUCGGGCCCAAAACCAACGAGCUGUUCAAGGUUCCCAUCCAGAGGGCCAAGGUCAUCGUGUGGAACGGGCCAGCUGGAGUGUUUGAGUUCGAGAAUUUCUCGAAGGGUACCAAGUCCAUCAUGGAUGAAGUUGUGGCGGCCACCAAGAAGGGAUGUAUAACCAUCAUAGGUGGUGGUGAUACAGCGACUUGCUGCGCGAAAUGGAAUACUGAAGACAAGGUGUCCCACGUUUCCACUGGUGGUGGGGCCAGUUUGGAGCUGUUGGAAGGUAAAGAAUUGCCCGGAGUUGCUGCUCUCUCUCCUGCCUAGACUGUGAAGGAACGAAAGGAAAUUGUUACCUAAAUUAUUAGUUAAUUUCUGUUAGAUUUUAUUUGAAAGCUUUAUCAUUUUGAAAUACAAUAAAUUAUAUAAGAUUCGAAAUAAAUUAUCGUGAAAAUU